AUGGAACCACUACUAUGCGACAUUCCUAAUAACUACCAACAACCUGAUGUAGUACCAAGCAAAGUGGCGGACACGCACAAUCACAACACCACACCUAAUGGCAUGGUCAAGUUAAAGGGGGCAUUAGCCAGGGAGGUGGCGAAUGCCUGGGAGAGCCGCAUCGGCCCGCCCGACCAGCCGGCGCCCGCCCACCGCGUGCAGGGACUCUUCAACGACAUCGAACUCUAUCCCACUAAGACACAAGUGUUUGAAAUGCUGGUGUGCGCGCGGCAGUGUGCGCGGCGAAAGUCGCUCAUACUCACCUUCGGGGAGUUCUGCGUUUUCGCUGCAGAACUACGACGGUGCUCCAGGCAGACUAGACAAGCUUCCAAUAAACCGGAUUCUCCCGUAUGGAGCAUAGACAAAGAACUUCGGGAUAAAGAUACGAUAUGCAAGCAUGUAAACGGCAGCGAGGCAUCGCCACCACCAUGCGAAGUGUUUCUGGGCGGCUCCUGCAAUCCCACCACUUGGAGGUCUGACAUAGCUAUCCCUAUGCUGAAAAAGAUGGGCAUUACGUACUUCAAUCCGCAAGUGGACGACUGGUCGACGGAGCUGAUGGAGGUGGAGCACCGCGCCAAGUGCGCGGCGCGCGCGCUGCUGUUCGUGCUGGACAGCGAGACGCGCGCCGUGGCCGCCAGCGUGGAGGCCGCGCACCUCGCCGCCGCGCCGCGCGACUUGCUGCUCGUGCUGCGCCCCUACGCGCGCCACCAGACCAUCGGCGGCGAGACCAUCACCGACCAGGAGUACGUGGAGCUGUCUCGCGCGCGAGCGACUCUCCAAGAGGCGGUAGAGCGGCGAGGGCUGCCCGCGUUCUCCGACAUCCCGGCCGCGUUGCGCUGCGCCCGCGCCGUGCUGCGCGGAGCGCGCACGCAGCCGCGGCACUCGCUCGGCCACACCAUCCUGCGGCUGAAGCGCGCGUUCGACGCGGCGGGCGGGCGCAGCGCCACGCUGCCGCGCGCGCGUGCGCUGGACGCUCUGCGCGAGGCGACCCGCGCGCCGCCGCACCUCGCCGAGCGCGUCUUGCCGCCGGACGACCACGUCGACUUCGAAACUUUCUGUGCCGCCGUCGCCGAACUCGCAGCAGACGCCGAUAGUCAAAGUAGAAACGGUCAAGAGGAGGUUAGCAGGCUAGCAGAGGCCGACGAGAAGCGCGUAACAGCGGAUAGCGGCGAGAGGACGUUCGAGGCCAACGGGUUGCUCGUACAUAACCCGCGGUUGAGAGCGUACGGCCGGAAGCUCGGGUUAUUCAUUCCUAAGAACGGCGGCAGCCGGGCAUCGGAGGGGUCGGGCGGUGCGACGGGCGGCGCGACGGGCGGUAGUGGCGGCGGGGCGGAGGACGUGCUGACGCCGGGCACGGAGCGGCGGCUGGAGCGCCUGCCCGCCAUGCUGGCCACGCACACGCACCACGUGUACCUCGGCGGCGCAUUCCCGUCUGGGGGCGUGCGCGCCGAGGAGAUCCUGCGGCGCGAGGGCUUCACGUACGUGGUGCCGCGCGCCAACGACUACACGCGCAUGUUCUCCGCGCCCGCGCGCCGCGCCGCCUCGCCCGCCGGCUCGCCCUGCGACAAGAGGCCGCGCCCCGCCGCGCACACACCCGUGUCACCAGACGAAGAACCGGUGCAACUUCGUGAACGUUCAACGGGCACAGAAGUCGCAGACCGCCUCAGCGCCUCAGACUUUUACACCGUCAGUGAAGACGUCACACCGCAGCCGUUUAAAGGCACGUACGACGAGGAGCUGCUGCUGGGGUCGCGCGUGCUGGUGUUCUCCAUGAGCGCGGAGGCGCCGUGCUUCGCCACCAUGGUGCUGGCCGCGCACUACAUGGGGCUGCGGCCCGCCGCCACCGUGCUGCUCGUGCAGCCCAUGGACUCCGCCGCCGCCCACCUGCACUCGUACAGCGAAGCGGCCGUAAAAGACUACAACCGCGGACGACAUUACCUGCUGGACCUGGCGCGGCGCUCCAUGAUCCCCGUGUUUGAUAACGUGGAAGCCGCCAUGGCGUGCGUCGUGAGGCGUCUCAGAACCGACCCAUAG